ACACACAGUUUGACAUGAUGGACUAUAGGACAGGACUGCUGCUUUUAACUCUCUGCUGGGCAGGUGUUGAUGGUCAGACUCUGACUGAAUCUGAACCAGUGGUUAAAAGACCAGGAGAAUCUCACAGACUGACCUGUACAACAUCUGGAUUCACAUUCAGUGGCUCCUGGAUGGCCUGGGUCAGACAGGCUCCUGGGAAAGGACUGGAGUGGGUUGCCACUAUCAGUAGUGAUGGUAGCAGCUACAUCUUCUACUCUCAGUCAGUUCGAGGCCGGUUUACCAUCUCCAGAGACAACAGCAGAGAGCAGCUGUAUCUGCAGAUGAACAGUCUGAAGACUGAAGAUUCUGCUGUUUAUUAUUGUGCCCGAGAUCGGGGGGCAAGUGACUACUGGGCUUUCGACUACUGGGGAAAAGGCACUAUGGUAACAGUGUCACCAGCAACUUCAACCCGACCAACUGUGUUUCCUCUGACACCAUGUGGUUCUGGGACUGGAGACAUGGUCACUCUUGGCUGCCUUGCCACCGGCUUCACACCCUCCUCACUGACUUUCACAUGGAACAAAAAUGGGGCUGCCUUGACGGACUUCAUUCAGUACCCUCCAGUACAGAAAGGCAAUGCCUACACAGGAGCCAGUCAAAUCCAAGUGAGGAGACAGGACUGGAAUGAAAACACUUUGCAGUGUGCUGUGACACAUGCUGCGGGAAAUGCACAAGCUGACAUCCCUUCACCAAAACCACCAGCACCACCAACACCACCACCACUGGUAAAGUUGCCAAGUGAAUUGUUGGCUUCCGCCUCUGAUGAGGGAGAUCAGGCUUCCUUCUCCUGCUUUGCCAAAGAAUUUUCACCCAAAGAUUAUGAGAUUGAAUGGCUGCAAAAUGGAGAGGAAAUCACCAAGAAAAUAUAUGAGGUCAAAACACCUACUGGGGAGGAAACGUUGGCAAAUGGAACUAAGCUGUACAGUGCAGCAAGUUUUCUCAAAGUGCAGUCCACUGAUUUGCCUGCUGGUGUUAAGUUUACAUGUAAGUUUAAGGGGAAAAAUGGUGCAGAAGUUAAUUCAACUGUGAUCUACAACGGUUGUAUUGGUGAGUAAAUUUCAAACCAUGUAUUGAGCCAGACGUGGAUGUAAAGAUCGAAGGCCCCGCAACAGAGGAUCUGCUCGUACACAAAAAAGGAUAUAUAAAAUGUGAAGUCAAGAUAAACAGGCCAUCUGUUGAGAAAA